ACUGUCAUCAACUUCUAAUCAAUCCAAUGCAGACCUCGUGUGGACACUUGUUUUGUCAAUAUUGUAUUGACAUUCUACUUGGACUUCAAUAUAUAUAUUGUUGUGAAACUCUAAAGAUUAUCUGUCAACAGAUAAAGAUUUUCUCGAAGAUUCUAUUUGUGAAAAGAAUUACCCUCAUUCAAGAUGCCUGGGAUCAAAAUCCGUGAUGUAGACAGGAAAAAAAUCCCAGCGAAGUAUAUUUGUACUUCCUGCCAACUCCUCCUCGUCAAUCCAACACAGACAAUGUGUGGACAUUUGUUUUGUCAAUCUUGUAUCGACAUAAUACUUGGAAGUUCUGACCCAAAAUGUCCCGAAGAUCAAGAAAAAUUGACCAGAAAUGAUGUUUUCCCUGAUGCUUUUACGAAACGUGAGUUGAAAAGUAUUCGUUUACAUUGUCCUUCUGAACAGUGUGAAUGGUUUGGCUCCUACGAAGAAUUGGAAGGUCAUUAUCAAGUUUGUGAGCAUGCGCUCAUCAGCUGUAUACACAAGCAAUGUAACAUUCAGUUACCUCGCUCUCUCCUUGAUGAACAUUUGAAGAAUAAAUGUGAAUAUCGCAAUGUGAAAUGUAAAUAUUGUGGUAAAGAUGUCCCGCAUGCUUCACUUAAGGAUCACCAAGAAAAUGUGUGUGAAAAUUAUCCUGUGGUUUGUAAAUAUUGUAAGAAAAAGAUACCAAGAAAUGAUAUUGAACAACAUCAAAGUACAACUUGUGACGAGGUGCCGACUAAAUGUGAAUUUCAAGCUAUUGGAUGCAACUAUGAUAAAACUUUAAAACGAAAGGAGAUCCGUCAACAUAUGAAUGACAAUCUAAUUGAUCACGUGAGCGCCUUGUUACGAUAUGUUAUGGCAUUUGUUACACAGUUAAGUAACUAUGUACCACGUCCAGAGUUUACUACUGCUGUUCAAAACAUGGGUGACCAAGUUACUGCUGUUCGUGCUAAUCUUUCAGAAAAAUUUGUUAUGUUAGUGGGUAAACUUACAGGUCUUGAAAGGAGGAUUGAGAGCAUCGAAAGUCGUGGUGGUAACGACAGUAACCCUCAGUUGCCCUCAGAAGUUUCCUCGAUGCGUGAUAGAAUCUCGACUCUCGAACGGCAAUUACGAGAUAAUUCCUCAACUAUACUACGAUUUCGUGAGCGCUUAGAUCAAAAUGACGAAUCACUGGCGAGAAACACGGUGAAGAUUACGGACCUUGAAUCGCAACGUGGUUCGCGUACACUUGGGUCUAAUCAGGCCAUACACAGCUACAAUGGUACGUUACUUUGGAAAAUAGAUAACUUCAAUCGAAAGAGACAGGACGCCAUUAAUGGUAUCAAAACAGCCUUGUACAGUCCACCAUUCUAUAGUUCUCAAUAUGGUUACAAGAUGUGUGGUAAGAUCUAUAUGAAUGGUGAUGGUUUUGGAAAGGGAACUCAUUUAUCUUUGUUUUUUGUUGUCAUGAAAGGUGACUACGAUGCUCUACAAACAUGGCCAUUUCAAAAAAAGAUCACGAUGAUGUUAAUGGAUCAAGGAAAUGGAGAUCACAUGAUUGACGCUUUUCAUUCAGAUCCUCAAAGUUCCUCGUUUCAACGACCAAAGUCAGACAUGAAUAUUGCUUCAGGAUCACCUCUGUUCAUGCCAUUUGAAAGUUUAAGAAAUCGUCAGUAUGUAAAAGAUGAUACCCUCUUUAUUAAGAUGAUUGUGGACUGAACAGUUUUGUUUAUAUUUAUUUGAUAAAUUUUUCUUCAAAUUGGAUUACCCAAAGUUUCUUCGGAAUUGCGAAAAGCUCUCACACGACUAGCAAAUUCGCUAUAUGGAUGAUAAGUGAAAUUCUAGACCAAUUCCAACGCAAGCUCAGAUAAAAGGAUCAAAAUCUGGGUGGAUGAUUAGUAAAAUUUUAAACCAAUUGCAACGCGAGCU